CGCGCUCGUCGGAGGGGGCGUGUCGGCGCGUCUUCUUCGCGUCGACGACAACGGGCCCUUGAAUCGCAACACCCCUAGACUUUGCUGGCUCUAUUCACGAUGUCGAUCCCCUCUCUGCCGAACGAGAUCUUGCUCAUCAUCUUCGACUACGCGACUCAGGUCGUGCCCGUGCACGAAGGGUCAAUUCUGAGAUGGGAGCGGAACUCGUACAUAGACACCCUGGGCCUUGUCAGGGCCUCCAAUUCCGUGAAGAAGACCAUCAUGCUAACCUGCAAACGAUGGCACGACGUGGUGCACCCCUCCCUCCACGAAUGGGUAGCUCUCAAGCAGAAACGCAGCCUCCUCAGCUUCGUCGCCCACAUCCACCGACUGUCCACUCUGCCCCCCUCGUUCCCUUCCCCCCUCGCCCUCACACGACGCCUCGACCUCAACCUCGAUCACCUGCCCGACAACUACGACACUUUGCUCGCCUUCAUCAUUCGAUCCCUCCCACACCUCGUUGAGCUGAACUUCGCCAUGAGCGCACUCUCCUACAUCGACUACCCGCUUAACAUCCCCAUCUGCCAGGCGCUCAAGGGGCGGCCUUCGCUUCGCGUGCUGAACUGGUACACGGAGAUCCUGCUUCCCAUGCCCCGCGCCUGGCGAGACAUUCUUGUCGCGCUUCCCCGCCUCGAGGUCACUACCUGCGUGCACUCCCUCCGCACCUGGCCGUACAACGACAAUCCGCCGAUGCCCGUGUUGCCGCAUCUACAUACCCUUCUGGUGUCCUCACACUGCAACGGCUGCCUGUCCACCGCGCCUUGCGUCUUGCCUGGUUUGCGCUCCCUCGCGUACUACGAUCGCAGCCUCUCCUUCUCCCGCAGCCGCUUCCGCGCGGACCAGACGUGGCGCAACAGCAGUUACUUCGAGGAGCACGGCGCAAACAUCCAGGACCUCUAUCUCGAUUCCGACGAAGACGAGCACUUCAUGGACCACGUUGUCGCGCGCUGCUCCCGCGCGGACACCCUGCACGUCACUGUCCGCAUACCGGGUCCCAUAUUGGCGCGACCCUUUCCAGAGUCCGUGAAGCGGUUGAGGAUAUGCAAUCGGUUUGCGGAGGAUGGGAAGGGCUCGGUGGCGAAGCCGCUGAACCAGAUUCUGAUGGUGCUGUUAGAGAGGCCGGGACAGCACGGGUUGAAGACGAUACAGCUUGCGCAUGUACGAAUGGAUGCGCAGCCGAACUUGCUACCGUGCGAGGUUUACAAUACGCGAUCUUCGUCGACGAUGAGGAACGUAGAACUCGUAGACUCCGUUGGCAGGGUAAUACUGUAGACCCCAGAUAGUGGUUUGGACGGAGCAUCGGAUUCUUGUAGCAUAUGUCAGCCAGUAAUUCAGCGCAUAUCUGUGUGCAACGGCGGAGU